AUGUCAUCAGAUGAUACAGUAAAGCAAGAGCACAGCUGCUCUGCUGAUAGCGAGAAACAGGACAGCAGCUGCGCGUCUGAUAACGAGCAACCGAAAGAACCCCAGAGCCCUCGCAACAUACACGGCCUGUUAUGGGUUGUCACUAUUCUGGCCAUCUACAGUUCCACGUUUCUGUUUGCUCUUGACAACACUAUCGUCGCCAACAUCCAACCCGCUAUCAUAUCUUCCCUUAAUGGCAUCGAGAAGCUCGCCUGGUCCGGUGUCGCCUUUGUGAUGGCAUCCAGUGCCACAGUCCUGACAUGGCUUCAGAUCUUCAAUCAGUUCAACAUUAAGUGGAUGUACAUAUUCUCCAUUGCAGUGUUCAUGGGAGGCUCGGCCAUCUGUGGUGCAGCUCAGUCGAUGGAUAUGCUGAUUGGAGGUCGUGUCAUCUGCGGCAUCGGCGGUGUUGGUCAGUACGUCGGCGUGAUGAACUUCCUCCCACGCCUGACGACGAUGCAAGAGCGUCCCAUGUACGUGAGUGCGAUGGGUUUGACGUGGGGUGCAGGGACAGUACUGGGCCCGAUCAUCGGCGGCGCCUUCACCGAUAGCUCAGCAGGAUGGCGAUGGUCAUUCUACAUCAACCUCGUUGUUGGUGGCCUCUUUGCGCCAGUUUACAUAUUCCUCCUCCCAUCGCUAGAGCCACAGCCCGCGGGAACAACCGUGUCCAGUCGCCUGAAGCGUAUGGAUUUAGUGGGAACGCUCAUUCUCUUUGCCGCCUUUGCUGCGGGAGUCAUUGGCAUAAACUUCGCAGGUGCAAUGUAUCCCUGGAGCGAACCGGGUAUUAUAGUCGCGAUCACCCUUGGCGGAGUCCUCUUCAUUGUGUUCGGAAUCCAACAGACAUACUGCAUCCUCACGACGGAGGAGACCCGACUCUUCCCUGUGGAACUUGUUUCGUGGCGCCAACCUCUUCUCUCGCUGCUUUUCGUCUGCGGCUGCUGUACUGGUGUUUGCGUGACGGUUCCGACAUAUGUGAUCCCACUGUACUUUCAGUUCACUGAAGGCGACGAAUCGCUUCAAUCCGGCGUCCGACUCCUUCCGUUCGUCUGUCUUCUGGUCUUCAGCUGCGUCUCUGGUGGCUAUCUUGCAGGCCGUCUGGGUUACUAUAUUCCGUGGUACAUCAUGGGCGGUGGGUUCUGCCUGAUAGGGUCCGCUCUCAUGUAUACCAUCAAGCCCAGCAGCGGUCCUGGAGCCACCUAUGGGUACAGCUCGCUGAUUGGGUUGGGGUCUGGCAUGUACCUUCAACUAGGCCAUGCGGUAGCGCAAGCCAAAGUCAAGCCGGAGAAAGUCCCGGCAGCCGUGGCAUUUACCACAACGGCGCAGCUGAACGGACUAACGUUUGCGCUUGUACUGUCGCAAUGUGUCUUCGUAAACGAGGCAGCGAAGCGCAUCGGCUGGAUCCUCCCUCAUGAACCACGUUCGACGAUUGUGGACGCGAUCUCAGGAACCGGGUCAACUUUUGUGCAGGAGUUGCCAACAGCUACACAAAAUGAAGUUCUCGGUGCAAUUGUAACCGCCAUUGAUCGGACAUAUAUCCUCUGCAUAGUUGCAGCUGCUGUGACCUUGCUCGCGACUUUAGGAAUGAAAUGGGAGCGUCUAUUCAUCGAGGCUGCCGCUGCAGCCUAG